AUGUUCGUACAAAAGAAAAAACUGGUCGAACAUGUGCUGGCAAUGAGGGCUAACGGUGGCAGUGGCAGCGAAGAUGAAGAGGAAGAGGAGGACGAGGGAGACAUUUUGCAGCGACGACGGGAAGAAUGCGAACGCAAGGCCCGUCGUGGGGAGAUGGACCCCCGACUGGAGUUCACAUUCCAGCUGCUGAUAGACGCCACUCAGCUGCCCAGGCAUCAGCUCAUGGACUACAUAUUCGAAGGGGAUAUGCUCGAUGAGAUCAAUCAGCUCUUUCUGCCGAACAUGAAGAACAAGCUGCUGUGGUUCUAUCAGGAGGUGGACGAACCGGAGCCACCGCCAGUUGUGGAUGCCAAUAAGCCAGGUCCAUCACGCUCGGCCUUGGCAUCGAGCAGUUCGAAAACACCCCAGGGUGGCGCCUCACCAAGUGGGCUGCCUGCGCCCAAACAUAAGAAGUUAUUCCUAACCGAUGGCUGGACCUGUGCCUUCACCGGCGUCUGUAUUUAUAUCUUUCGUGUGAAUACGUCCAAGCAGCUACCCGAGGAGGGAUUCCAAAAGGAUUUAUAUUGUGGCGUAAUCGAUGCCAAGAAUAUUGGACUAGUCACAUCGAUAGAACGCAUUGUGGAGUUUGUUUUCAUGCAGGCGCUGGCUUUUCCCAGCCUGGAGGGGGAUGAGGAAGACGUCAGCUGUGGCCUCAUCAAGGGUCAGCUUCUUCCUGGACUGCGCUCUUUCUGCAGUGCCUUGCGGGUUUGUGAACAGGUCUGCGAUCAUUACAAUGUCUUUGCCGAUGGCAAUGAUAUGUUCGAUGGCUGCCUUGUGGUCGAUGAGGUCAAGGACAUGGCCAAGAAUCAGGAGUUCUGCUCGCAGCUAGAAGAACGUGUCAACAAUUGGUCAAAGGGCAUACUUAAAAUACUCGGCGAAAGUGAACAGUUGCGCAAGGAGAAUGAUCACAGUGGUCCCCAGGAUGAGCUGGAGUAUUGGAAGAAACGUGGCGCCCAAUUCUCUCAGCUGCUAGCCCAUCUACAGGACAAGGAGGUCCAGUUCACUCUACAUUGUCUCUUUCUCGCCGGUUCACGCGUCAUGCGCCAAUGGAAGGAAACGGAUCGCAAAAUCACUUUCUGCUAUAACGAAGCUCGAGACAAUUCGAAAUUCAUACAGGCCAUGGAGACAUGCUGUCAUUCAUUAUAUUUGGACGAUCCUGUCAGCAUGAAAGAGUCCAUAUUGAGUCUGCUGCAGACGGUGCGACUCAUCUACAGUGUCUCACAAUUCUACAACACGUCUGAGCGAACAUCUGCUCUAAUGGUUAAGAUAACAAACCAAAUGAUUGAAACAUGCAAAUCCUACAUCACAUGUCGUUGCAAGGAAACAAUUUGGUCACAGGAUCGCAGCCUUAUUCGCACCAAACUGAGCAACUGUAUCAAGUUGAAUCAUAUAUAUCACGAGACCUAUUAUACAGUUAGAGAGCAACCCUUUUUGCCUCAUCAGACACCGUUUGGUUUUUCCGAGAACUUUGUUUUUGGCAAGUUCGAUACAUUCUGUGAGCGUCUAUCGAAAAUCAUCAAUAUGUUUAAUUUGAUUGACGAUUAUAAUCAUUUGUUUGAGCGUCGUUUGGAGGGUCUCUUGCUGGGCGAGGCUCUCGAGGAUGCCUCCAAUCAUUUCGAGGAGGCUAAAAAAGAGAUCAUCUCAAAGAAGUACGAUUACCUGGAUCAUCGAAAUGCCGAUUUCAAUGAUGACUUUGAUCGGUUCAUAAAUAAAACGGAUUCUUUAAAGGAUACGAUCGCCACGUUGAUCGAACGUGACUUUGACACAGUCUGGGAGACACCACAGUGCAUCCGUUUCUUGGUGCGCUUCGAGAAGGUUAGCGAGAAAAUUCCGUUGACACGAAUGGACGAGAAAUACACACGGAUUUUACGAUACGUAGAUAAGGAGGUGGAUCGCAUUUUGAAGACAUUUCGCAAACAACGUGACGAUCCACCCCUGGCACGUAAUUUUCCUCCCAUUGCGGGUCGCAUUCACUGGUGUCGUGCCCUGAAUUUGCACCUCACCGAGCUGAUGGAUGCGGUGAUGGAUCAUGGAGUGCUCAGUACACAACCCCUGGCCAGAGAUCUCGAUGUGCGAUUCAAUAAUGUGCUGGGCAUACUGCAGGAAUACGAGGAUGAGAUUGUUUCCAUUUGGUUGGAUCAGGAUAUUAGUGUGGCCGAUGCCUGUUUACUUCAGCCCCUGCUCUGUCUUCAGGGCGAUCGACUAUUUGUCAACUUGCAUCCCACGAUCCCCUUGCUCAUUCGGGAGGCCAAGAUGCUGGCUAAACUAAAUAUUGAGCUGCCCAUUGUGGCUGCCACGCUGAUGAGUCGUCAUCAGUAUUUCCUCACAAUACAGGACUCUUUAAAUAGUCUUAUCAAAAUGUUUCUGUCAACGGUGAAGGCUGUCAAGCUGGAGGUGCGUCCUCUGUUUCUGCCCCAGCUGGUUCGUCUGACAGCCAUGUUGAAACCGGGUCUGCAGAGCAUCAAUUGGACAAAUCAGAACUGGACACAAUUCUAUGAGCGCUGUAAGCAGGCCAUCGAAACAUUUGAGGUGCUUGUGGCCCGCGUCCAUGAUAUCUACUCCAAUCGCAUACUCAACGUUCUCAUGUGGAUGCAGGAUGUCUCACUGCAGAUUCUGCCAGCAGACGAUGAAAUCUGGACAGUUGAUGAAUUUCUGGAGCGUAGCGAGGAGGCUUGCAGAAAAGCUGCCAUUGAAUUGAAUCGUAAAAGUCAAAUGGUCUCCGAGGCGGUCGAAGAGGUUUUAAAUUUGGUGGACAAGGCAACGGAGACCUUUAAGGCGAUUGCUGGCGACGAUGUGGUCACCUUGUUCGAUGCCACCCCCAAAGGGGAACAAACCGGUUCCGGGGGACGCAAAGCGGAGGAUGGCGCUGCAGCUGGCUCAAACACCGGAGGAGGAGGCGGUGGAGGAGCUGCAGCUGGUUCAGGAGGAGGCGGAGGCGGAGGCGGAGGCGGAGGAGGAGGAGGAGGUCAACAACAGGACUGGAGUAUUUUAUGGUCAUGUUUUGAGAAUCCGCUAACGCUGCUCUCUACCUCAGAGAGUCUGCCCAAAGGCAUGCAAGACAUGGUUUGCAAUGCCGUCGUGGAAAUGCGACGUUACUACAGCCGCAAGGUCAUCGAUGUGCUGAUCAAGGUGAUUCGUGCGGCGUUGGACACGAUGCGGCGUCGGUUCAUCGCCGAUGAGCACGAGAUGGCGACCAAGAAGCCGAUCUUUGCUCUGCACGCGCAGCUGCAGAUACCCAAUGUGGUCAUCAAGCCGAGUCUGGACGAGCUGCAGGAUAUAUUGGUGACGGCUGGCAAGAAUAUCACGGGCAUUGCGAAGGGUGUGGCGCAAUGGACUAGCGGCAAGGAUCCGCCGCAAGUUUCGAUGACGGUGCAGCCGCGCGUCGGACGCAACCACACGGAUGCCUCAGGCGGUGCAAAGAAUCGACGCCGCAAGAUCUAUUGUCUGGCCUCCGAGGAGCGUCCCCAGAUGCCGCACAUGCUCAAGAGCUUCUACUCGGCCAUUAUGGACAACAAGGAAGUGGCCAAGGCACUCAAUCAACUCUCCAGCUGCACCAAAAAUGUCAAACCUGAAAUCCAAACCUAUAUCAAACGAUGGAAGCCCUAUCAUUUCCUCUGGAAAAACGAUCGCACUACGCGUCAACUCAUGGAAUUUGGUCUACAGCAAUUUGAAUCGACACUUCGCUGCUUGGCCGAGUUGGAUGCCAAUCUGCUCAUCGAACCGGACAUGGAGGUCUUUGGCCAAUGUGUGGCUGUGUAUAAUGAAAGGCUCAAGUAUGGUCUGGCCAUUGAGAUCAAGUCAUGCAACCAUAAAAUUGGCCAAGCCAUGAAGAAGAAGUAUAAGAAGGAAAUGGACUAUGUCUAUGCUGUGAUCAACGAAAUGGAUCGUAAACUCGACCGACCCAUUCGUGACCUGGACGAUGUACGUAUGAUAAUGGAAACGCUGGGCAAGAUACGUGAGCAGGAGGUGGACAUGGAGCUGCGCAUUGAUCCCAUAGAGGAAGCGUUUAAUGUACUCACCCGUUAUGAGGUGCAGGUGGAGCGGGAACAGUUUGAUUUGGUGGACAAUUUGCGAGCGACAUUUCAGAAUUUGUUGUCGGGAGCAUUGCAGGCACAGGUGAAGCUGCUGGACAUGCAGCCGGCGUUCCAGGGUGACUUGCGCAGCAAUCUAGACAACUUUAAGCAGGAUAAGAUUGCAUAUGUGACGGAAUAUCGCACAGCGGGACCCAUGCAGGCGGGUCUAACGCCGCGCGAGGCUUCCGAUCGUCUGAUAUUGUUCCAGAAUCGUUUUGAGGGCAUGUGGCGCCGUCUGCAGACGUACCAAAGCGGCGAGGAACUCUUCGGUCUGCCACAAACUGAUUAUCCAGAGCUGGGCCAAAUACGCAAGGAGCUUAAUCUGCUGCAGAAGCUAUAUAAGCUGUAUAAUGAUGUAAUUGAUAGGGUUAGCAGCUACUACGAUAUACCGUGGAAUGAGGUGGAUAUUGAGGAGAUUAACAACGAGUUGAUGGAGUUCCAAAAUCGUUGUCGCAAGCUCCCAAAGGGUCUCAAAGAAUGGCCCGCAUUUCACGCUCUGAAGAAGACCAUCGAUGACUUUAACGACAUGUGCCCAUUACUGGAGUUGAUGGCGAAUAAAGCCAUGAAGCCACGCCAUUGGCAGCGGAUCAUGGACGUUACUCGCUACAUCUUCGAGUUCGACUCGGAGGGUUUCUCGCUUAAGAACAUACUCGAGGCGCCGCUGCUCAAGCACAAAGAGGACAUCGAGGACAUUUGCAUCAGUGCCAUGAAGGAAAAGGAUAUCGAGGCGAAGCUGAAGCAGGUGACCAAUGAAUGGUCUGUCCAUGAGCUCCAGUUCAUGAGCUUCAACAAUCGCGGCGAGCUGUUGCUCCGUGGCGAUACCACAGCCGAGACAAUUGGCCAGCUGGAGGAUAGUUUAAUGGUCCUGGGAUCACUGCUAUCAAAUCGCUAUAAUGCGCCCUUUCGCAAACAAAUCCAGCAAUGGGUCUACGAUCUGUCCAACUCCAAUGAGAUACUGGAACGCUGGCUGCUCGUUCAAAAUAUGUGGGUCUAUCUCGAGGCUGUAUUCGUCGGCGGCGACAUUGCCAAACAGCUGCCCAAGGAGGCCAAACGUUUCUCCAAAAUCGACAAGUCCUGGCAGAAGAUCAUGCAGCGUGCCCAUGAGACUCCAGGUGUUGUGGCUUGUUGUGUGGGCGAUGAUCUGCUUAAGCAGCUGCUGCCUCACCUUCAGGAGCAGCUAGAAAUUUGUCAGAAAUCUUUAAGUGGUUAUCUAGAACGCAAACGCAUAAUGUUUCCGCGAUUCUUCUUCGUAUCGGAUCCAGCGCUGCUCGAGAUUCUUGGCCAAGGAUCCGAUUCGCAUACCAUACAAAAUCAUUUGCUAAAUAUAUUCGAUAACACCAAAUGCGUCAAAUUCCACGAUGUUGAAUACAACAAAAUGAUGGCGAUAAUAAGCAGCGAGGGUGAGAUGAUUCAACUGGAUCGUGCCAUUCGAGCCGAAGGUUCGGUCGAGACAUGGCUAACUCAAUUGCUGGUCACAGCACAGCAGUCACUGCAUUCGAUAAUUCGCACCGCAUAUGUGACAAUAAAUGAUCCGAAUUUCACGCUGCUAAGCUUCCUCGAGAAGGUGCCGGCUCAAAUCGGUUUAUUGGGUAUACAAAUGAUUUGGACACGAGAUGCAGAAAUGGCUCUGAUGCAGGCCAGACAUGAGAGGAAAGUCAUGUCCGAGACGAACAACAAAUUUCUUGAGAUGCUCAACACUCUCAUCGAUCAAACCACGCGAAAUCUAUCGAAACGAGAGCGUACCAACUUUGAAACUCUUAUUACCAUUCAUGUGCAUCAACGGGAUAUAUUUGAUAUACUGUGUCGCAUGAACAUCAAGUCAUCAAAUGACUUUGAGUGGCUAAAACAGUGUAGAUUCUACUUUAAAGAGGACUUGGACAAGACUUGGAUAUCUGUCACCGAUGUUACCUUCACCUAUCAGAACGAAUAUCUCGGAUGCACAGAUCGUUUGGUUAUUACACCCUUAACGGAUCGUUGCUACAUAACUCUGGCACAGGCGCUUACAUUGAGUAUGGGCGGUGCACCCUGCGGACCAGCGGGCACAGGGAAAACGGAAACUGUGAAGGAUAUGGGAAAGACGUUGGCCAAGUAUGUUGUCGUUUUUAAUUGCUCCGAUCAAAUGGAUUACAGGGGCUUGGGACGCAUCUAUAAAGGCCUGGCCCAGUCCGGCAGUUGGGGAUGUUUCGAUGAGUUCAAUCGCAUUGAGUUGCCCGUUCUGUCCGUGGCUGCCCAACAGGUUGCCGUUGUCCUCACUGCCAAAAAGGAGAAGAAAAAGACAUUCCUUUUCACCGAUGGCGACACCAUUGAAAUGAACCCCGAGUUUGGCAUUUUCAUAACCAUGAAUCCCGGUUAUGCUGGCCGUAAGGAGUUGCCGGAGAACUUAAAAAUCCAAUUUCGUACUGUGGCCAUGAUGGUGCCAGAUAGACAGAUUAUUAUCAGGGUUAAAUUGGCCAGUUGUGGAUUCUUGGAGAACAUUACACUCGCUCGCAAAUUCUAUACCCUGUACAAGCUGUGCGAGGAGCAGUUGACCAAACAGGUUCAUUAUGAUUUUGGUCUGAGAAAUAUAUUGUCCGUGCUACGCACUUUGGGAGCUGCCAAGCGCCGGAACUCUAAGGAUAGCGAGAGUACGAUUGUGAUGCGGGUCCUGCGCGACAUGAAUCUCUCCAAGCUCAUUGACGACGAUGAGCCACUUUUCAUAUCGCUCGUGUCGGACUUGUUUCCCAAUCAGACUCUCGAAAAGACCAUCUACCCUGAACUAGAGGCGGCGAUACUUCAACAAACGGAAGAGGCUAGUCUGGUCUACCAUCCUCCCUGGGUUCUAAAACUUAUACAGCUCUAUGAGACGCAGAAUGUGCGGCACGGCAUUAUGACUUUGGGCCCGAGUGGAGCGGGAAAAAGUACCUGUAUACACACGCUGAUGAAGGCCAUGACACAGAUGGGCGAUAGUCAUCGUGAGAUGCGAAUGAAUCCCAAGGCCAUAACAGCUGCUCAGAUGUUUGGACGACUCGAUGUGGCCACCAAUGAUUGGACCGAUGGCAUCUUCUCAGCGCUGUGGCGCAAGACGCUCAAGUUAAAGGCCGGAGAGCAUGUCUGGUUGGUCCUUGACGGACCCGUGGACAGCAUUUGGAUUGAGAACUUGAAUUCCGUGCUCGAUGAUAAUAAAACCUUAACUCUGGCCAAUGGCGAUCGUCUGACAAUGGCGCCCACAGUUAAAAUCAUAUUCGAACCACACAAUAUUGACAAUGCAUCGCCGGCAACGGUUUCCCGUAAUGGCAUGGUUUACAUGAGUUCCUCCGGCUUAGACUCGCGACCGAUUGUUCAGGCUUGGUUGAAGAAUCGCGCGCCAGGUGAGAAGACAACGUUCUCCCAUCUGUUCGACCAGACCUUUGUCGAGGUCUACAAUUGGGGAGUGCAGAAUGUAAAGCUGCAGAUGCCGGUACUCCAAUGCAACAUAGUACAACAGAUGCUUUUCAUACUCGAGGGAUUGAUACCCUGUAAAAAGGAUGAAGAGCAGGCUGUCAGCUUGUCCAGCAAGGAAAGUCAAGAUGCAGCAAAACGUUUUGAGCAUCAAAAACAGAUCGAAGAAGUGCGACGGCAAUCGAUUGGCAGUCAGAUUGUCGAAGAUCUGGCUGAAGAGAGUGCACCGGAGGAGAAGGAGGAUACCUGCACCACCGAGCACUUGCACCGCUUGUAUGUAUUUGCGCUGGCCUGGGGUCUGGGCGGGUAUCUCUCUACUAGCGAUCGGGUUAAGAUGAAUCUGUAUGUUAAGGAAACGUUUCCGCAAUUGGACUAUCCAAAGGGUAGUGCCCAUGAGAAUACAAUAUUUGACUUUUUCGUUUCUCCAACGGGCGUGUGGCAGUCGUGGAAGACGCUCGUCACACCCUACAUGUAUCCGGAGCUUUCCACACCGGACUAUUUAAGCAUUCUGGUGCCCAUUGUGGAUAAUGUGCGUAUCGACUAUCUGAUUGGAACAAUCGCCAAUCAGGAGCGCGCCGUGAUGGUCAUUGGCGAACAGGGCACGGGCAAAACCGUCAUUAUGAAGAACUUCAUGAAGAAAAUGAACAUUGAGACGUAUAUGGGAAGAUCAUUUAAUUUCUCAUCGGCAACCAGUCCGUAUCAGUUUCAGCGCACAAUCGAGAGCUAUGUGGAGAAGCGAGUUGGUGUCACCUUCGGGCCACCCGGUGGUCGCAAGCUGAUCGUCUUUAUUGAUGACAUCAAUUUGCCCGAAAUCAAUGAGUGGGGCGAUCAAGUAACCAACGAGAUUGUGCGCCAGUCCAUGGACAUGAAGGGCUUCUACAGUCUGGAGAAGCCAGGCGAUUUUACCACCAUUGUGGAUGUACAAUAUGUGGCGGCCAUGGGCCUCCCAGGAGGCGGACGCAACGAUAUACCAUCUCGGUUGAAGCGUCAGUUUUGUGUUUUCAAUUGCAACAUACCCGACAACGACUCCAUUGAUAAGAUCUUCCGCGUUAUCGGUGAGGGUCAUUACAAUACGAAGCGUGGCUUUGUGCCCGAAGUUCGCAAUCUGGUCAAGAAAUUGAUCCUGGUUACCCGUCACAUUUGGCAGCGUACACGUGAAAAACUUUUGCCUACGCCGGCGAAAUUCCACUACGUAUUCAGUUUGCGCGACUUGUCGCGUAUCUGGCAGGGCAUGGUUGGCACCUUAUCCACAGUGAUCACCUCGGAGAGCGUGCUCAUGUCGUUGUGGAAGCAUGAGUGCACGCGCGUCUUUGCCGAUCGUUUUACCACAUUCCAGGACAAGGAAUGGUUCGGCUCAGAGUUGGCCGCGCUAGUGCGCGAGGAGCUGGGCGAGUCCCAUUCCCAAAUGAUAAUACCGAAUCCGGUGUUUGUCGACUUCAUGAGGGAUGCCCCCGAGCCGACGGGCGAGGAGGGCGAGGACACUGAUAUGGAAUUGCCCAAGGUCUACGAACCGGUGAACUCUCAUAACUCGUAUGAAGCGCUACGCGAGCGUCUCGUCAUGUUUCUCGCCCAAUUUAAUGAGAUGGUGCGAGGAUCGGGAAUGGAUUUGGUUUUCUUCCCAGAUGCAAUGCUGCAUUUGGUGAAGAUCUCCCGCAUCAUUCGGCAUCCGAGAGGCAACGUCAUGCUGGUCGGGGUCGGCGGUUCUGGAAAGCAGUCGCUAACGAAAUUGGCAUCAUUCAUUGCUGGCUAUAAAACAUUCCAAAUUGCGUUGACGCGUUCGUACAAUGUGGCCAACUUUUUAGAGGACCUAAAGCUGCUCUAUCGCACCUGCGGCGUGCAGGGCAAGGGCACAACCUUUCUUUUCACUGACAUGGAUAUCAAAGAGGAAGGUUUCCUUGAGUAUCUCAAUAAUAUACUCUCGAGCGGCGUCAUAUCAAAUCUAUUCUCGCGCGAUGAGCAGGCCGAAAUCGUGCAGGAAUUGACGCCGGUCAUGAAACGUGAGAAUCAACGCAAAACAGCGACCCCGGAGAGUGUGAUGGAAUUCUUUUUGGCACGCACCUGCACCAAUUUGCAUGUGGCAUUCUGCUUCUCGCCAGUGGGUGAGACAUUCCGGUCGCGGGUGCAACGCUUUCCCGCCUUGGUCUCCGGCUGCACCAUCGACUGGCUGCAUCCGUGGCCCAAGGACGCAUUGGUCUCGGUUGCCAGACACUUUCUCAGCCACUUCGAGAUUGAGUGUACACCGGCCGUUAAGGAAGAGCUGGUUAAUGCGCUCGGCUCCAUUCAGGACAUUGUCGCCGAAACAUCGCAGGAAUAUUUCCAGCGAUUCCGUCGCGCCACUCACGUGACACCCAAGUCUUAUCUGAACUUCAUUGCCGGCUAUAAGAACAUUUACCAGCUGAAGCAGCAAGAGCUGCGCGAUGGUGUGGAGAAGAUGGAUACGGGUUUGGAGAAACUCAAAGAGGCUUCCGCCUCGGUUGAGAUCCUUAAGAAAGAUCUAGUCGUCAUGGAGGAAGAGCUUGUCGAAGCCUCCAAAAACGCCGAAUCUGUGCUAGUUGAGGUUACCGAGCGUGCAAUGCAAGCGGAGAUUGUCAAGAAUCAGGUGCUCAUCGUCAAGGACAAGGCCGAAGCUCUUGUCGCCUGCAUUGCCCACGAGAAAGCUCUCGCCGAGGAGAAACUUGAGGCGGCGAAGCCAGCUCUCGAGGAGGCAGAGAAUGCACUCAACACCAUUAAGCCUGCUCACAUUGCCACAGUGCGUAAGUUGGGCAGGCCACCGCAUCUCAUCAUGCGGAUCAUGGACUGCGUCUUGAUCUUGUUUAAGCGGAAACUGCAUCCCUGCAUUCCCGACUCGGGCACCCCGUGUCCCAAGCCCUCCUGGCAGGAGUCCCUCAAGAUGAUGGCCAGCGCCACGUUCCUGCUGCAGCUACAAAACUAUCCCAAGGACACCAUCAACGAUGAGAUGAUUGAUCUAUUGCAGCCCUAUUUCCGCAUGGAGGACUACAACAUGGACAUGGCACGUCGUGUGUGCGGAGAUGUUGCCGGUCUGCUCUCCUGGACCAAGGCCAUGUCCUUCUUUCACAGCGUCAACAAGGAGGUGCUGCCGCUCAAGGCGAAUCUUACGAUGCAGGAGGCGCGUCUCAAGCUUGCCAUGGACGACUUGGCUGGGGCCGAGGAGCAGCUGCGAGAGCGUGAGGACGCACUGCAAGCUGUCAAGGAUCAGUACGACAAGGCGGUUGGCGAAAAGCAACGUCUCAUGGAUGCGGCCAAUGUCUGUCUGCGCAAGAUGACGGCCGCCACGGCGCUCAUCAAUGGACUUUCGGAUGAGAAGCAUCGUUGGACAAACCAGAGCAAAGAGUUCAAAAUACAACUGGGCAAGCUGGUGGGCGAUGUUCUCCUGGCCACAGGAUUUCUCUCCUAUUGUGGCCCCUACAACCAGGAGUUUCGGGCCAAUCUCAUCAGAACUUGGAUGGGCAUCCUAAAGCAGAAGUCUAUUCCCUUUACAACUGGCCUGAAUAUCAUCAAUAUGCUUGUCGACUCCUCCACGGUGUCGGAGUGGACCCUGCAGGGUCUGCCCAAUGAUGACUUAUCCGUGCAGAAUGCUUUGAUAGCCACAAAGUCAAGCAGUUAUCCAUUGCUCGUUGAUCCGCAGACUCAGGGUAAGAUCUGGAUCAAGUGCAAGGAGGAUCGCAAUGAACUGCAGAUCACAUCGUUGAAUCACAAAUACUUUCGCACCCAUUUGGAGGAUUCACUGUCCCUGGGCAGGCCGCUGCUCAUCGAGGAUGUGGGCAUUGAUCUGGAUCCAGUUAUAGAUAAUGUCCUGGAGAAGAAUUUUAUAAAGUCGGGCAGCAUUGAAAAGGUCUUGGUUGGCGAUAAGGAAUGCGAUGUCAUGCCGGGAUUCAUGCUCUACAUCACCACAAAGUUGCCCAAUCCGGCUUUCAGUCCAGAGGUCAGUGCGAAAACCUCAAUCAUUGACUUUACGGUGACCAUGCGUGGCCUGGAGGAUCAGCUCUUGGGGCGUGUCAUACUCAUGGAGAAGUCUGACCUGGAGGCCGAGAGAGUUGCUCUCUUCGAGACUGUGAUGCAGAACCAGCGCAACAUGAAGGAGCUGGAAGCGAAUCUCCUCCUACGCUUGAGCUCAUCCCAGGGCUCAUUGGUGGACGACGAGGCGCUUAUCGAGGUGCUGCGUGUCACGAAAACCACCGCCGAGGAGGUCAACCAGAAGCUUAAAAUCUCCGAGGUAACCGAACGCAAGAUAAUGAAAGCACGCGAGGAAUUCCGUGCGGUGGCCAAGCGGGGCUCCAUACUGUACUUCCUGAUUGUGGAAAUGAGCAAUGUGAAUGCCAUGUAUCAGAAUUCCCUCAAGCAAUUCCUUGUCAUCUUCAACAACUCCAUUACCAAGUCGACCAAGUCCAGCAUCACCGAGGAGCGCAUCAAUAUCAUUUUACGCUAUCUUACCUACGAGGUCUACAAGUUCACCAAUCGCAGUCUCUACGAGAGGCACAAGCAGCUCUUCACCCUGAUGUUGGCCAUCAAGAUUGAUUACCACAAUGGUAACAUCAGUCACGAGGAGUUCUUGACCUUCAUCAAAGGUGGCGCCUCCUUGGAUUUGAAUGCUGUGACUCCCAAGCCUUUCCGUUGGAUUCUCGAUAUUACCUGGCUUAAUCUGGUGGAGAUCAGCAAGUUGGAGACCUUCUCCACAGUUCUGCAGAUCAUUGAGCUCAAUGAACGCGACUGGCGCAGUUGGUACGAGUGUGAGAAGCCCGAGAACGAGGAGAUUCCCUGUGGCUACAAUGCUCUACUCGACAGCUUCCGCAAGCUGUUGCUUAUAAGAUCCUGGUGUCCAGAUCGCACCAUUUCCCAGGCAAAAAAGUAUAUUGAAGAAUCACUGGGUCCUGAGUAUAGUGAAAUGCAAAUCCUGGAUCUGGAGGUCACUUGGGCAGAGUCCGAGCCCCGCACGCCUUUCGUUUGCCUGCUAUCCAUUGGCUCGGAUCCCACCACACAAAUUGGUGCUUUGGCCAAACAAAAGGGCAUCAUACUAAAGUCGGUUUCCAUGGGUCAAGGGCAGGAGUAUCAUGCUCGCAAAAUGAUCAUGGAGUCAAUGUCAAUUGGUGGUUGGGUGUUGCUACAGAAUGUUCAUCUAUCGCUGCCUUUCUGCUCGGAGGUUAUAGACAUGUUGGUGGAAACGGAGCACAUUGAUGAUACCUUCCGCAUGUGGGUCACAACGGAGCCGCACUCGGAGUUUCCCAUUGGGCUGCUUCAAAUGGCAAUCAAAUUCACGAACGAACCUCCACAGGGUAUACGUGCGAGUCUCAAGCGCAGCUAUCAGUCCUUCACGCAGGACUUUCUGGACUACACUUCCGCCACACAGUGGCCAUGUCUAUUGUAUACGGUUGCGUUUCUGCACACAAUCGUGCAGGAGCGUCGUAAGUUCGGCCCGCUCGGCUGGAAUAUACCCUAUGAAUUCAAUCAGGCAGACUUCGCAGCAAGUGUGCAGUUCAUACAGAAUCAUUUGGAUGAAAUGGAUCCCAAGAAGGGCGUCUCCUGGCAGACACUUGUCUACAUGAUUGGUGAGGUGCAAUACGGCGGACGUGUCACCGAUGACUUUGACAAGCGACUGCUGACCACAUUCACCUCUGUGUGGUUCUGCGAGCAGUUGCUAUCCACAGCCUUUGAGUUCUACAAGGGCUACAAAGUACCCAAUACCAAGAGUCUCCAGGGCUUUAUCGAUUACAUCAAUAGUUUGCCCGCAUACGACACUCCUGAAGUGUUUGGCUUGCAUUCCAAUGCCGACAUCACGUACCAGAUUAACUCGGCCAAAGGCAUACUGGACACCAUACUAAGUGUGCAGCCCAAAGAGGGAGGCGGAGGCGGUGGUGAGACAAGGGAGAGCAUCGUCUAUCAACUGGCGGAUGAUAUGCUUCGAAAGCUGCCGAUACAGUACAAUGCAUACGAGGUGCGUGAGAAUCUGACACGCAUGGGCAUUCUACUACCCAUGAACAUCUUUCUCAGGCAAGAAAUCGAUCGGAUGCAGCGCGUCAUCAAACGUGUCCACACGUGCCUCUGUGAUCUGAAGCUGGCCAUCGAUGGCACUAUUGUGAUGAGCCCGGCUCUUAAGGAGUCACUGGAUGCCAUGUAUGAUGCCCGCAUCCCAGAGACCUGGAUGAAGAUUUCAUGGGAGUCCACAACGCUUGGCUUUUGGUAUACGGAACUACUGGAGCGUAAUGCACAAUUUCGUACCUGGAUUUCCACAGAUCGACCAAAGGUUUUCUGGAUGACAGGCUUCUUUAAUCCACAAGGUUUUCUGACCGCCAUGCGGCAAGAGGUAACACGAGCACACAAAGGUUGGGCACUCGACUCGGUUGUGCUACAAAAUCAAAUAACGCGCUACAACAAGGAAGAUAUUACCGAGUAUCCCACGGAGGGUGUCUACGUGCACGGACUGUUCCUAGAAGGUGCUUCCCUGGACAGACGAAGCGGCAAGCUGAUUGAAUCAAAGAUGAAGGUGCUCUACGAACAAAUGCCAGUCAUUUAUAUCUAUGCCAUCAACACAACCGCCGGCAAGGAUCCCAAACUCUACGAGUGCCCAAUUUAUCGCAAACCGCAACGGACAGACCUAAAGUACGUUGGCUCCAUUGAUUUCGAGACCGACUUCAAUCCCAAGCAUUGGACACUGCGUGGCGUCGCGCUGCUCUGUGACAUCAAAUAAAUGUGUAGUCGCCCGCACCGCCCACAACAAAUGGCACCCAAGUACGCCACUUACUGGCCUAGCCAUUGUUUGCCAUCCUGUCAACUGUUGGACGUGCUCCGUCGUCUUGUAAUGGUGCUGUGAUAAUUAUCGUUUUCGUUUUUGGAACCUUAUGUCAGCUCUGGCUCCACUGUCUGUUAACUGUUAACAGUCUCUUGGACUCGUAUACUCGCAAUGCGUCAGAUAUUACAAGUUUAUUAAUUAUGCCCUCGAGUUAUUCAAGAGGCGUUUCCCUGUACAAGGGAACAUCCAUCGUCACCAUAAUUAGCUGUUAGCCAAUAUUUAGAAUUACGGUUAAGUGUUUUCGGGGCUUUAACAGGCUCCUCACUUCAAGUGCACUCUUAAGCCGAAAUAAAGGUUUCGUUUAGUAUUUGUUGACCUA